CACGGAAGCACCCGUUUGUCGUCUACUUCAACAUGCGCCAUUCUUGCUUUCUUCCCGGUGAAAAUAAGAAAAUGAACUGAAAUGGGCACUUUCUACAGUAUGUAAAACUAAGCAUUUUCUCUCGUGACAUGAUUUCGUCACUCAAGACUAAAGAACGCAGUUUCAGAUCUCUCGCUGGGACAAAUGUCAGCGCUGCAGCUCAGAGUGGAAGUCAUAUUAUAGCUCCUGUACUCACCAACAAUACAAUAACAGGCGAUGUCCACUUCCUACAUAAUGCACAUGGUUUCACUUUUGAUCGCCCACACUCUGAAACAACACAAACGUCAGCAACAAGAUCAUUGAUUUUCAAACAUAAGACACGGAUCUGCACAGAGUAUCAGUAUGUGACUGAGUAUAACUCUCUGCCUGGUGAACGAGUGCUGCUGUCUGAGCGCUACACACAACCUCUGAUUCUUCAGCGACAUAGAGAUCAAAAAGAGAGAGAAGCAGAGCUCCGCUCCAGUGGAGAGGACUUCCAGCAGGUCCUCAGCUCCAGGAGUGGUGAUGAAUCUUCCCAUCUGAACUCUCUGUUCAACCCAGAUGGCCAUGGGAUCAGUCCUAGUUCUGUUAUACUGCAGGGAAAUUCAGGGAAUGGGAAGACCUUAACUGUGCAGAAGAUCAUGAUGGACUGGGCAUCUGAUAAACUCUACAAAGAGCGGUUUGCUAUUGUGUUCCACUUAAAGUGUAAAGAAAUAAACCACAUUCCUGGCAUAAAGAGUUUGGUGGAGGUCUUGAGCUACAGCUGCAGUUUAACAUCAGAUGAGAUCUCACAGAUACUGCAGCAGUCACCAGAGAAGAUACUUUUUAUCAUUGAUGGAUUUGAUGAGUUGAAACUCACACAAGACAUUUAUGACAUGUCACCUCACACUGAUGUGAUUCAGAAAGCUCCAGCUGAGGUCACUCUUUGUGCCCUGUUGAGGGGUCACAUCUUGCCAGAGUCCUUCCUGCUGGUCGCCACCAGAUCUACAGCUACAGACACACUGAGCAAGCUGCUCAAAGGACCUCAGCGUUUCACUGAGAUUAUGGGUUUCUCUGAGAAGGGGGUGGAGGAGUACUUCCAGAAGUUCUUUCAGGAUGAGGAACUUUUCAAGAGGGCUUAUACAUUUGUGAAGACAAAUGAAAACCUCUUCACCACCUGCUCCAUCCCUGUGAUCUGCUGGAUCAUCUGCACAACUAUCAAGGAACGUUUCAGAGUUGGUGCAGAUGUGACAAGCGUAUUGGAAACCACCACCUCCAUUUAUGUUGACUUUGUGUCCACUCUACUGAAGCAUCACUGCCAGGGUUUGAGUCAGUCUGUGCCGAACCUGCUGAGGAGUCUGGGUCAGCUGGCAGAGAGAGGGAUGCUGGAACAACAAGUCUUGUUGGAUGAGAAAACUGUUUAUGAAACAAUUUCAGACCCUGUUGCCAAUCCAUUUCUUUGCAAGUUCCUCUUUAAAAGAAGAAUCUGCCAAGAGACGAUGUUCAGUUUCAUGCAUCUCAGCUUUCAGGAGUUCCUCACCGCUCUCUACUGUUUCAUUCUGGAUGAAGAAGAGUCCCCGAGAAAACUUGCACAGCUAAUUUCUGUUCAAGACUGUGGAUGGUUGGAGCAUCCUCCACGUUUUGCAGCUGUGGUUCAAUUUGCAUUUGGUCUCUUGAAUAAGGAUGUGAGACACACACUUAGAAAGACACUUGGUCUGUUUGUUCACCCAAACACACAGGCCCUUCUUAAAGAAUGGAUUUUGAAAGAGCUCCAAAGUGAUAUUUAUCAUUAUAGAACACUUUUUAUUCUUCACUGCCUCUAUGAACUUCAUGAAGAAGACUUUGUGAUAAAAGCUAUGAAAUCCUGGAAUAGGAUUAAUGCAUAUGGUGCAUUCUUUAGAAGAACAGACUGCUGGGCCCUGCUGUACUGCUCUCAGUGCUGUCAGUGCAUAGAAGAACUGAGUCUCAUUGAUUGCAGAUUAACAUCUGAAAAGUUGAUGAUGAUUCUGCCUGCACUCCCCAAGUUUAAGAAAUUAACUUUGUCUCUAGAGGAUCCAUCGGUCUCUGAUCUUGUUGAGCUGAUGUGUGCGCUGACAAGAGGACAGACCCUGAACUCACUGGAUGUUCUUGUCAUGUCAAAUGUUGGGACUUGUUCUGUCCGUACAGCUGAUCUGUCAACCAGCGAAGAGCUAUCCAGAAUCUACAUACAACCUCCACGGCGUGUUGAUCCUGCAGGAUCUUUGCAAUCACUUGAUCUCACCUUCCCACGCUCAGAGCUCAACAACAUCAACUGGACCAAACUUUUUCAGAUAAUUCACCACAAUAAUUUAGAUGCAUUAAUGCUUAUUCCCUGUUCUUUCUCUAAACUGAAAAAGAUGGAAGUAAGAGUAGACUGCCUGACCAAGAGAUGGUGUGUUUGGACCCUUCAGAUCAUCCAGAACUGCCCCAGUCUAACAGAACUCAAGGUAGAUGCUUACUUUUUACUGGAGGAGGGAAUCAAGAUCUUACAGAGGUCACGCACAAGACCAGCCUGUAUUAUGAGAGUUGACGGGUUGGUUUGCCAUAAACAGUCUCAAAAAUGUACACAUAAGGACGAUAAACUUAGCUGCAACCAGAAGGUGAUGAUUCAUUUGAGUUCUCAGGGCUGUUCUAUGGAGACUUUGCGGAAGUCCUUGUUUUAAAACUAAUGGUACGGCGUGAUAACUAGGAGAAAGCUACAAAAGCAGCACCUUCACUUAGAGCUGUGGAUGGAGAUGACGACAUAACCCAAAUGUAUAUAAAAUGCAGCUAGGUGUUGUAUUGUAAUAGUUGUCAAGUCAAUUUAUUUAUAUAACUCUUUCCACAAUACAUAUUGUUUCAAAUCAGCUUUACAGAUUCAUGAUGUUGAUGCUUAAUUUUUCGGUAGUUUAGAGCUGGGUGAUUUUGGGGUAACAUUUGAUGAUACAAUCAAUCAAGAAGUUGAGAUUUGCUAAAUUUUAUAUAUUGUGACUAUGUGAGUGUACGGUUUGUAUGCAGAAAAAAAAUGGAUAUACUUGUAAUUUUAAGUUGGGGUUAUUCUUUUGUGAUGCAGAGGAUUCAUUUGACAGUUGAUAAUGGAGACGAAAAGCCUUGGGAGAAACCAGGCUUCAGUUCUCCUCUGGAUAUACGUUCAAAAUAUAGUGUCAGUAAUUUAGUAGCAUGUUAUCACUGAUUUCAUUUUGCAAUAUUGUAAAAAAUAAAUAAAACAUGAAAGCAAAGUCUCUGUAGAUGUUUAUUAAUUUGCAUUACUUCAAGGAACAGCUUACCCAAAAAUGAAAACUGACUUUAUGUUGUUCCAAACCUACAUGAUUCUUUCUGCUGUGAAUCACAAAUGUGACCUUGGACCACAAAACCAGUCUCAAGUGUCAAUUUUUUCAAAAUUGAGA